AUUCAAUAUGGAAGACGUAAAUAUGGAGACUGAGAGCCGUGAUAAGGCAUAUGAACUGAAAGAUAAGGAUUCUUGUGCUAAGAUUGCACCAGAAAGUCAGAAGAGUAAUGGAGAAAAUGAUGGCUCUGAUUCUAGUAUGUGCUCUAGUGAUUUCUCUUUCAGUGAUGAGGAAACUCCUGAAGAGAAGAAAGAGUUUAAAAAGAGUCGCAUGGAAUUGAUAAAGAAAUUCGGACUUGAUAAGUAUACUAAGUACAUCCCCAAAGACCAUAAGAUGACUCCAAGGGUUAAAUACUAUACUUUUGACAUUAAGAGGAAGCAUAGAGAAGAGCUACCACUAAGAGGUUGGCAAAAGUUAAAGCUUUAUAAGAACGACUCUUUCCUUGAUGAUUGGAUUAACGAACCAGAUGAGGUUUCAACUAUGAACAUUGACAGAAUCAACGUUAAUGAUGUUACAGUCCAAGAGUUCAUGGAAAGAUACGAAGAACCAGGAAUCCCUGCGAUUAUUAAUGGGUGAGCUGAUGAUUGGGACGCAAUGUCUAAGUGGAACUUUGCCGAUCUAGUAAAGAAAUACAAAAAGUGAAAACUCAAAGUUGGGGAAGACGAUGAGGGCUAUCCUUUGAAGAUGAAGCUAAAAUAUUUCAUUGAAUACAUGCUUUAUAAUAAAGAUGAUAGCCCAUUGUAUCUCUUCCAGUCAAGUAUUGAAUCUAGAAAGAAAAUUAAAGAGAUUGUGAGAGACUAUAAAGUUCCAAAAUACUUCCAAGAUGAUUACUUUAAAAUUCUUGGUGUGGAUCAAAGACCUCCUUACAGAUGGUUGCUGAUAGGUCCUCGUAGGUCCGGCACUACUAUCCAUUGCGAUCCUUUGAGUACUUCUGCUUGGAACACAAGUAUCCAAGGACAUAAGAAAUGGAUAUUAUUCCCUCCUUCAUUCAGUAAAGAAGUAGCGAAAGGAAAGAAGUACAAAGAGAAAGGAGCUGAUGAUGAGGCUGUUCACUAUUUUAAGUAUAUAUACCCUCAAAUUCUUAAGAAUGAAAACAUAGAGAAACGAUAUGAGUUUGUGCAACGCCCUGGAGAGACUGUUUUUGUGCCAGGGAGAUGGUGGCACUGCGUGCUUAAUCUUGACGAGACAAUUGCGAUAACUCAAAAUUAUACAAACAGAGGAAACUUUGAAAGAGUCUGGAGAGACACUAGGAAGGCUAGGAAGAAGAUGGCAGUAAAAUGGAUAAGAAAGAUGAAACAAAACGACUACGAUCUUUAUAAAAGAGCCAUAGAGAUCAAUAAAAAGGAUGGAUUCCUUAUGUAUGACUUGGCAAAGAUGAAAGAUAUAGAGUGGCCUUACUCUGCCUCCUCAUCUAGUUCUUCCUCCUCGACUUCUCUUUCAGAUUAUGAUUUUGAGUAUUCUGACAUUGACAUGGACAAUAUUGAGUACAACAAAGAGGACAUUAAUGAAAAAGAGGUAAAACUAAAGUAGCCA